AGUUUUCUCCUCUUUUCCACCCGAUUCCACCCACUGUGCCUAGGCCGGGCAUUACAACAGCCCCACCUUCGCCUUUACCGUAAAAUGGGCUUCCCUGCGUGCUCGACUGUUGCUUUUGAAGCCGCUCUGCCGGCAAUCAAAUUGAGUGCAAAGCUCGGUUCAAAAGCAAAGUGUUUGGGCAGUAAGAGAGGUGUGAUGUGUUUGUGAUGUGCUGCGAAUGCAAAAACGGUUUCGAUUUUUUUUUUACUUUUUUCCGUUUUCUGUUUUUGUCUUGUUUGGCUGGAGCGCCCAACUUAUUGCAUUAUUUAUGUGCGAGCAGUAGGUUUUUCUGGGUUCCUCAGUAAGCCACACGCACGCGGGCCGCACCAGAAAAAAAAAAUGUAUAAACAAAACGCGAAAAGCCAGAAGAAAAAGUGUGAGUAUCACCGGUGACAAUCGCAAGUGCAGGGCUCUCUCUGUCUCAUGUCUCAAGUCUCCGACGGGUAUCUCGCUCUCCUGCUCACACUCACUCAAAGUUUGCCCAGGCGGAGAAGCGAACUCGGCGGCAUUCUCAGUCAAACAACAAACGCAACUGAAGUAACAACGAGUCCGUACCGCUUACCGCCCCCAAAACAAAAGUGAAAUUCUAUUAGUCCCCCAGGGUCUUUGGUAAAUCCACCCAGGAAUAUCGCGCUGUCUGUUUUAGUUAGAAAUCACCUGAAUUCAAACAAAACUCACCUGAAUUCAAACGAAAAUCACCCUCAAAAAGUUAUGAUAUUUGAUUCCGAAGAAAGUCGCGUUGAGUGCAGUGCUUAAUGUUCCAGCUGCGCAGAGAAGUGAGCGAGAGGUUUGGAGUCUGGGUGCAGCGCCUCCUCGUCGUCGUCCUGCACCUUUGGCACCGCAGCAGCAUGUCCUUCGUCCAUGGUCGAAAGGAGGCGUUCAAGUGGAUUAAGCGCCGACUGACCAGAAGACGCAGUCACGCUGACACGAACAUCGAGGCAGGGCGAGCAGAAGCAGCUGUUUCUGGUUCAGGAGCAGGAGCAGGAGCAGGAGCUGGAGCGGAAUUAGCCGAGAUCUUGGUGCCGAAUGACACGCAAAUCGCUGUUCCAGUCGCUGGGGGAAUCGCAGGAGGGCAGAUCCCGAGCCUAGAGUCCCAGUCCCCCACCUUGACCACCGACAUGGACACGAAGGAGGCCAGGGCAGCGCCCAUAGCUCGCGACGAGGAGGAUCCGGAGGUGGAGGAUCCGGAGGAGGGACGCCAAGAGGUGGAGCAGCUGUCCGCGAAUGCUAAUUAUGUGUGCUGUCGAUACCCGGGAACAAGCUCUGCCGCAACAGCCACUUUGAACCGCAGCAAGUCGCGAGUUCAAAAGUACCUCAAGAAGUGCAAGCAGCGGCUAACGGGUCAGCUCAAGAUACCAACUGGCAACACCACCACCACAACCACUAUAACCCUGGUCAGGAACGAGCCAGCACCCACGGCCAUCGAGGAGAGGGAAUCCGAAAAGGAGCUGGAGGACGACCUGGUGGAGGAGGAGGACCUGGUGGAGGGCAGCACCGGGUCCUACACGGAUGCCCUGCCCAUUGAUUGCAGUUUGAGUGCCAGCAUCGCAGAGGAACAACAGCAGGCGGUCGACGAGCUGGAGCCGCCAAAGGAGGAAGUCCCACUGGAGACAGAGAUGUAUUGCCCUGAUCUGACGGAACCUUCCUCAACUUCUCCUCCGCAGACCUGUCCUGAUGGCAGUGGAAUCCCGAUGCCGAUACCCCGGCGACUUGCCGCAGAGGUGGACGCCACGCUGGCCCGGCUGAUUGACAGCCAUCUGUCGCACAUUUAUCCCGUCUACUGGGCACGCACUCGUGCGAUUUUAAUCCAGCAGGCACGUGAGCGUCUCGUGUGCGGAUUCGACGGCAGUUUGGCCCGCUUCGAACAGCGGUUCCUAUGCAAAUUUGCGGAAAUUGCCACGGCUCUCCGCACGGCCCACCAAAUUGGCGAGUCCUGGUUAUGGCAUCCCGGCUGGCCGCUGGCAACAUCCAAUGGAGCGCUGGUCUUGCAGCUGAGCGACGCUGAGAUCGCGCACGCACUUCGCCCGGCGGAGCUGUAUCUCUGCAUCAAAUUGGAAUCUUCAGCAGAAAGCGACGCGGACUGUACACCGCGGCUCUAUGCUGUUUGGCGCUCGUCCCGCACGGAGGAGAGCGUCCAAAGCCACUGCAUCGACCACGAGAAUCCCGGUCAGCUGCCUUUGAGUGUGCUCCAGCUGGAAAUGUCCACGGCAGCAGCGGCACUAAUGGCGGCAGACGGCGGCGAGUUGCCGCAACUGCUGCAGAAUCUGCUGGUGAGCGUGGAGCGGAGCAUCGAGCGGGUCUCGCUGAACGAGCUGCAGAUGCCGAUGCAUCAUGGCCCCGGGGAGGAUCUGCUGGAUGAGGCCAACAACAAUGGCUGCAACAACCUGGUGGGAUCACCAAGGUGCGCGUUGCGACGCAGCGAUUUGAUUACCAAAAACAAACUGUUCAACAGUCGUUACAUGCUGCGGCGCCUCACAAAUCGGCAGGACAGCAUGAACUCCACCUCGUCGGGAAAUAGCAAUGUGAGCGACAGGAGCAGCAGCUCCAGUUCUAGCUCGAAUUCGAGUGCCGGCGAGGAGCUGUUGACCAGCAGUGUGGAGGCGAAGAAGCGGAGCCUUAUUGGCGGUGGUAAUGAGGCGAGUGGAGCAUCCACCUCGCCGGCCUUGCCGCUUUUCUGCCUGGGAAACUCAUUUCCGCACAUCGACAGCGACGAGGAGCCGAGCGAUACCGUUGGACCUGGGAAACACCACAGUCUGGAGACCUGCGAGACAGAGCUAUUACCGCCCAGCUCGAUUGGCGAGCUGCCUGAGAAACUGCUGACCAGCGGCGUCUACCUACCAGGCACACGCACCCUCCAAGGCGACCCACUUGUGAGCGUGGACGCGGCCUGUGUGGCGUCCGCCGGCCUCAAUUGCUACGAGCUGGCCACGCUGCUCCUCUACUACAGCACAAUUCCCGAGCGCAGCUCCUGCUCCCUCUACACCCCGACAACACCCGGAACGACAGCAACAAUCAAUGGCCAUAAAAGCGCUGAGCAACUGCAGCAGCAACAACAGCAACAACAGCAACAGCUGAAACAACAACCCGCCCAACAGACAUUUACCAUUUUAAUUGCCAUCGAGAAGUCUCAACAUUUAUGCGUAAUCGACUUAAUUUGCCAAAGUCUUAGACUCUUAGCCAAGCAAAUUGGCAAUUGUGAAAUUUUGGCCGUUUGUCCCGAUUCGAGUCUGCUGCAAUUGUGCAACGAGCAGCAGCAACAGAAGCAGCAGCAGCAGAACAAUAACAGUGAUCACCCGAAGCCCUCGUCGCAGUUGCCAGCGGAUUUGGUUAAAUUCAUUAGCGUGGACCAAGUCACGACAAGUGUUGCGCCAUCGCAGCUGCCCGCUGGAUUGCUGCCCUCCGUGCCCGCCCUGUCCACGCUGCCGGGAUUAAGCCAGCGGCAUCACGAUGCGGCCAAGUGGCGGGAGUUUUUCGCCCAACUGGAGGCCUUCCAGCGCCAGUGUUCGACGGCCGGCGGUCGUCUGGUGAGUGCCCUCAGCGAAAUACGCGCCGCCGAUCUUCAGGGAUUGCCCACGCGCCGCCAACUUUAUGGCCAGCAUCGCGCCCUCAGUCGUGCGCUGAUGGACUCGCAGCUCCACAGUCUGCGCAAGAUGGGAGCUGGCCAAUUGGCCCGGCUUCAGGAUUUGGCUAGGGCCAUCACCUCUGCCCCCGUCUCCCCGCGGAUGACGUCACAGCCCCAAUCGCCAUCUUCGGGGGCAUUCCUCAACGUGGAUGCCGCCUGCAAGCUGCGCAAGGUAACGCUCCUCUUCAACGAAGUCGAUCGAGCCGCCCAGCGAUUGGAACAGCUGACGGAGCAGCGCAGGGAGCGGCUCCGGCAACUCACAAGGCAACGGGCGCUCGAGGAUGAAAUCAGUGAGGUCACUUCUUGGCUGGGCAGCGAUGGAGCCGAGAAUCUGCAAAAGUUUUCCCAGUUGCAAUGGGACAACGAAUCUCAGUUGAGGACCCAGGAGCAGGAGUUUGAAAAGUACUACUUUAUAGCAAUGAAACACCUGGCCAAAGGACGCGAUCUGCAUGCCGCAGCCCUUAAAGUUUCUGUUCUGAGCGAGAGUGCCAACAAUCUGAAGUCCGCCCUGGAUCAGUUUGCCCAGAAACUGGAGCUGGCCCAUGAGCGUUUCGAGGCCGCCGCCCGUCUGCUGCACUUGCUGACCCAGCAUCAGCGGGAAACCGCUGCCCGGGAGGAGCUGCAGCGCCUGGCGGAGCAGCUGGGCGCCACCUCGCUGCUGGAGAAGCACUGGCCGGCGACGAGGAAGAGUCACUCGCUGCCGGUGGCCAGUAGCACCCCGGCUCCGGCUGCCGGCAAGCGGGUUAGCUACCGCUGCAGUUCGGCCAGCGGCAGCUCCUUCGAGGGCGGUCCUUCGAGCAGCAGCUGCAGCUGCUGGCGCGAGAGUCGCAACCUGGAGGACAUGGACCAAAUGGAGGAGAUGGAUGAGGGGGAGGAGCAGGACAACGACGGGAAGGAGCAGCAGUCCAAGAUCGCCGACUCCGGAGUGGGCGUGUGCGAUAACUGCGAACGCAAUCCGAAACUGGCCAGGAUCUGCUCCUGCCAGAGCCUCAACGAAAAGAGUCACGACGAGCUGCUCGAGGACGAGUGCUUCGAUCGACCCUCGAAGAGGUACCUGGACAUGCACUCGCCCAUGGAGGCGAAUGCCCAUCUGCAGUGCCAUGGCUCCAGUCUAGAGCUGCCCAAGCUGGAGGAGCUCAGCUGCCUGGAUCCCAAGAUACAAAAAACGCUUCUAUUGAUCAUGCGCGAGAUGAUUGGUACCGAACGCGACUAUGUGCGCUCCCUGUACUACGUGAUCGAGAACUACAUAGACGAGCUGCUGCGUGAGGACAUCCCACAGCCUCUGAGGGGCCAACGAAAUGUGAUCUUCGGCAACAUCGAGAAGAUCUUCGAGUUCCACAACUCGCACUUCCUGAGCGAACUGGAGCGGUACGAGAGGAAUCCCCUGAAAGUGGGAGCCGCCUUCCUGGAGAUGGAAUCAAAGUUCUACCUCUAUGCGCUCUACAACAAGAACAAGCCCAAGAGCGACACCUUGCUGAGCGAGUACGGCAGCUCCUUCUUCAAGCCCAAGCAGAUGCAGCUGCAGGACAAACUGGAUCUGGCCUCGUAUCUGCUGAAGCCAGUGCAGCGGAUGGGCAAAUACGCCCUGCUCCUGCAGCAACUGGUCAAGGCCUGCAAGGAGGUGGAAGGAGCUGCUCUCCAGGAAAUCGCUGCCGAUGUGGAGGAGCUGCAGCGAGCCGAGGAGAUGGUCAAGUUCCAGCUGCGACAUGGCAACGACCUGCUGGCCAUGGACUCACUGCGCGACUGCGAUGUCAAUGUCAAGGAGCAGGGCCGACUGCUGCGCCAAAAUGAGUUCCUCGUGUGGCAGGGACGCGGUGGCAAGAAGACCCUGCGACAGGUGUUCCUCUUCGAGGAGCUGGUCCUCUUCAGCAAGGCACGUCGCUUUCCCGAUCACAAGAAUCUGGACAUCUACAUCUACAAAAACAGCAUAAAAACUUCCGAUAUUGGCCUGACAGCGCACACGGGUGAUUCGGCCACUAAAUUUGAGAUUUGGUUCCGGAAACGAAAGCCAGACGACACAUGGAUGCUGCAGUGCAUGUCGGAAGAUAUCAAGAAUGCCUGGACCGAGGAGAUCUCCAAGCUGCUCUGGAAGCAGGCGAAACGAAACCGAGAAGUUCGUCUGGCGGAGAUGUCCUCGAUGGGCAUUGGCAGCAAGCCCUGUCUGGAUAUUCGGCCGAGCAACAACCAGAUCAGCGAUCGCUCCAUUCCACUGGCGCAGUUGAACAAGACUCCCAAGCUGCGUCACUCGGAGCCGGGAAAAGGCAGCAUGCGGCGCCCCAACUCGCUGAUCUCGGAGAGCUCGCUGUCCAGCGGCACCAGCACCACCAGUGGCUCCUCCAUCAGCGGUGGCUCCUCGUCGGGUCACCACGAUGGCGGUGGUGGCCGGCAUAGUCUCCAUUUUGGCAAGCUGCCCGGACCACACAGCACUAGCUCCACCAACUGCAGUGCCACCCUGGAGCUGAUCAAUGAAACACAGGCCCUGAAGUUGGGCAAAUCUCACAGUGGCGGAGGACUCAAGGGGCCGGAAAUGACUGCCGAGGGAGGCAGCACUUCCGGAAGCGGAAACGGAAGCGGACUCGGAAACGGAAACGGACUAGGAAACAGCAAACGACACCACAAACGAUCGACCACCAUCGUCAGCCAGCUGUCCAUGGAGAGCGGCAUUGUCUCCGACAUGUGCGUCAGCCCGGAUCAGGAGCCCUUGGCGGCGGAGAGCAGCCGGAGCAACUGGUCCACGUCCACCACCACGGCGUCCGGAGCUUCAACGACCAGUGCGUCCACGGUGAUCCUGCGGCGAUAUCGAUCCUACGCCCAUGCGGCGGAAUCGGCCAGUCCGGACGGCGGCAAAUAGCAGCUCCUGGAGCAUCGAAUCUAGAUUUACAUACAUAGGAAUCCACAUUUAUAGCUUUAGCAGAACGGUUUCAUCGGAUCCAGAUUAAUGGUAUCAUCAUCACGAUCGAUCGCUAAUUUAAUUUCAUUAUUUUUGUUAUUUAUUAUUUAUUACUUUUAUAGUUUUCGUUAAUUUGUCAUAAUCGCUGCGUUUCCCAUUUGGCCUUGUUUUUCGAAAAACUCAAUUGAAAUUAUUGAAUUCAGCGUGUCAAUGUCGAAGCAUAUUUCAUAUACAUAUAGUUCUUAGACCACAAAAUGGAACGAUGGGAGCCAUGAACAGCACCCGAAAGGGGCGUGGCCGAUGCCCAACAUAUCUGAAUCGAAGUUCAUUACGUACAGUUAGUUGAUAUGUAACCUAAGUGCCUACAUUUAGAAUAAUCGUAAACGAACAUAAUAAAUAAAACUAAACAUUACAUUAAAUCGAUAGAUAAGUAAAAGCGAAAAUUUAAAAUCAAUAAAUGUUGCUUCAAUGUAAAA